GUCCCCAGAGGUCAAUUGUCCGCAAAAAAAUCGUUGCUUAUCACAACUUUUUUCGAACUAAAGUACAACCUACUGCGGCCAAUAUGCUUGUUAUGUCAUGGGAUGAACAAGCAGCUGAACAAGCACAACGGUACGCGGAACAGUGUCAAUAUUUAGUACAUAACGAUAAUAUGGAACGGGAGUUGCCACAUUAUGGUUCUUGCGGGCAAAACCUAUUCGUCGCUUCUAGCAAAACUCCUUGGUUCUAUGCGUUAAAGGUCUGGUUUAUUGAAUAUCAGAAAUUUAAAUACGGAGUACCAGUACGAGACCUUAAAGCGGUGGGUCAUUAUACUCAAAUGGUUUGGGCCACUACGCACAAAGUAGGCUGUGGAUUGGCCUUCUGUGAUGGUGGACCUUGGGGUCACUUCUAUAACUACGUGUGUCAUUAUUGUCCCGGUGGAAACAUAGACACUCUAGUCCAUUACCCUUACAAAGCGGGUAAGCCAUGUUCAGAUUGCCCAGACGACUGUGUACAGGGGAAGCUCUGCAAGAACUCGUGCCCGCGUCGCGACUACUUCUCCAACUGUGACGAACUUCUAAACACUGUUCCUGAUUACUGCAGCCAAGGAUAUUGUAACGCCACCUGCGAAUGCAGUGGUAAAAAAAUAUAUAAGAACCACCCAUAUUGA